ACGUUCUCUCUCUCCGUCUGUCUCUCUGUCUUCCCCCCCUCUCCCUCUCUCUCCAUGCGAAUUUGGGUUCUCUGAUCUCGUUCGACGCCCUUGGUUUUCCGCAGCCCGAGUUUAACAGAUCAAGAUUCCGCUCUCUUUAUUUCAUGAUAGCCAGUUGUAGAGCCCAGCAAAACUAUCGACUUUUUUAUGUGGAUGGUUUUGCUUCUCUUACACAUGAACUUGGGCAAGGUGCCACUUGAGGGCUGUUAACAAUGUUGCCAGAUCAUCAGACUGAAUAACUGAUUGCUUAUGGUUAAAUUGAGGCCAAUGAGAAUCCUCUGGUUUUACUUUGGAAGCUGUUUCUAUUGUUCUCCUUAAUUCUGGGAAGCAAGCACAUAAUCUACUAGGGAACUGUUUUGUAUCCAUGCUGGCUGAGAGCAUGCGUGGAAUUUGUGCUUCGGGUAAUGCCCCUGACGAGAUCUUCUGCCGAUGCAUUCGGUGUGGUGACAAUUUGUCUAGUUGCUCUGUUGAUUGUUCUCGGUUUGCUAUGCAUCAUCUACUCAUUUUACUUCCGGUCUCGUAUUCGCAGCCGAGGUUGCAUUCAACUCAGCUAUUUUAGUGGUCCUUGGAUAAUCCGGAUUACGUUUAUCUUGUUUGUGAUCUGGUGGGGUUUUGGUGAGGUGAUACGGUUAAGUUUUUUUAGACGCUCACUUAACUUGAAAUGGCAGGAAACUGUAUGCAAAGGCUACAUUGUAUCAAAUCUGGGGUUUGCAGAACCUUGCCUGUUCCUCACACUUGUGUUUCUCCUUCGCGCGCCCUUGCAAGAGACGGAGUUGGGAAUCCUAAGCCGAAGAUGGAAUGGGAAAACAGCAGGUUGUGUUCUUCUUUACUGCCUGCCAGUGUUCAUCCUUCAGCUCUUUGUUAUUUUAAUUGGACCUCAGUUAAACAAGGAUAAGAGUUACCUGAGAAAACUGCCCCGUUAUUUUAUGAGUACAGCUGUGGCUUCCAGGACGGAAAAAACUGAUGAUAUAGCUCUCUGUACUUAUCCCUUACUAAGUACUAUAUUCCUAGGGAUUUUCGCAAUGAUCCUUACUGCCUACCUGUUUUGGCUGGGAAGCCGGAUUUUGAAAUUGGUCAUCAACAAGGGCUUGCAGAAGAGAGUUUACACAUUGAUAUUCUCGGUUUCAAGCUUCCUACCAUUGAGGGUUCUUUUUCUUGGUUUAUCUGUUCUGUCUAAACCAGAGCAUUUUCUGUUUGAAACUCUUGUUUUGCUGGCUUUUCUUGCCAUUUUAUGCUGUGCUGGGGUGUGCAUAUGCAUGCUUGUGUACUUCCCAGUUGCAGAUUCUUUAGCCUUGGGAAAUCUACGGGACAUAGAGGCUAGGAGAAGGGUUGAUGAUGAUCACAAUGAUGCCAUUUCUCUUAUCGCUAACCAGAGUCAUCUUGAAGAAAGCGGUGGAAUCAGUCCCAGCAGGAAUUCUGAUGCCUCAACAAAGCGUGGAUCAAUAUCUUUCCGGACUUUUGAGAAAGAUGGGAAUUCGACAGGGGCAUUUGUAGAGCUGAGUCUCUUCUCUCCUAGUCAGGAUGCAACCCCACCAGGGUCGCCUCCGCUACUUGGCUGGCCAAUGCGUGUUCCCAUACAAGUUCCUGGACCCUAGAAGAAAAUGAGAGAGAGACCUCAUACGUGGUGAACGUCAAUUUUGUGAUAAAAGGAAAAGCUGAUUGUAAAGAGUGUAGCUGAAAUAAUGAUUUUAAAUUCUUGGUUUGUUUUCUAAUUUUAGAUGAUAUGAUGGUUUUGCUUUGCUUGGGAGGAGAAUUUAUUACCUGUGUUUCUUUUCUUUUUCACCGUUUUCUAUAACCAAUUUUUAUUUCCAUUCAUGAGAGGUAGAAAUUUGGUUGGUAUAGUUUUGUAUUUUCUGUUUUAUUUUACACACUUUUUCUUUUUUGUUCUUUUAAUUUAAAAAACUAAUUAUGAUG